ACCAGUCAUUGUGUCUGAAGUCCAGCGUGGAUAUAGUGCGCCCAGUGGAUUUACGCAGCGGUUUCUCUGACAAGCUUUUAACACUUAUGUGAAGAAUAUACGUUUUCUAUUAAUUCAUUUGCCUCUUCUGAUCAAGUAAAAGGCGUUUCCUAAUCGAACAGGAACUGCACUUUCUAAGAGGAGUAAUGAUACUUAGAGGUCUGUGCUUACUACCAGUGCUACUCAUUUGCGCUCCAGCGCUACCUCAAGAUGGGGAAGUGGAGGACGAGUCGGUCUUUGACCUGUUUGCUAUCAGUCAAAUCAACCGCAAAACUAUCGGAGCUAAGCUCUUCAAGGGUCACGACUGGGACUCUCCUGCAUACCGCUUCAUCCGCUUCGACCAGCUGCCCGCUGUUCGCACACCGAUACUUCGGCAGCUAUUGAAGCAGAUCCAGAAUAAUGAGGGCUUCGUAUUCGAGGCCACCAUGCGCCAGGACCGCGCCUCUAGGGGGACGCUGGUCGGACUGGAGAGUUCAAACGGCCGCCGCCAGUUCGAGAUCGUGUCCAACGGUCGCGCCAACACACUGGACUUAGUGUACUGGGUGGAAGGCUCUCAGAAUGUGGUAUCGUUUGAGGACGUGGACUUGUCGGAUUCUCAGUGGAAAAACAUCACGCUCCACGUACAUGGGGAGAACGCGCACCUGUAUGUGGGCUGCACCCUAAUCGAUAGUUUCAUCCUGGACGAGCCGUUCUAUGAGCACCUUCAACCAGAGGGCAGCCGGAUGUAUGUGGCCAAAGGUUCGAUCCGCGAAAAUCACUUCAGGGGAUUGCUUCAGAAUGUGAAAUUCCUCUUUGACACAACCUUGGAUGACGUCCUGAGGAACAAGGGCUGUGAGAUCACAAAGCCAGUCGAGGCGAACACAGUGACGGGGAGUGCCGAGAUCGUGGACGUGAGUCCCGUCAUCACCACCAACUUCAUCGGCCAGAAGACGGAGAAGCUGAGCUCUGCCUUGUGUGAGCGCUCCUGUGAGGAGCUCAGCACCCUCUUCCAGGAGCUCAAGGGCCUCCGCAUCAUCGUUGGCAACCUCAUGGACGGCCUGCAGAAAGUCACUGAGGAAAACACAGCCAUGAAGGAAGUGCUGGGCAAGAUGAAGAACUCCAAAGAGAAGCACAUGUGCUGGCAGGACGGCCGUCUGUUUGAGGAUAAGGAGGACUGGGUCGUGGACAGCUGCACUAAGUGUACCUGCCAGGAGUCAAAGAUAGUGUGUCACCAGAUCACAUGUCCAGCUGUGGCCUGCGCAAGCCCAACCUUCCUGGAUGGAGAAUGCUGUCCUGUGUGUUUGCCGAUGGACAGUGAGGACGGCUGGUCCCCCUGGUCUGAGUGGACUGAGUGCACAGUGACCUGUGGGACGGGCACCCAGCAGAGAGGGCGCUCCUGCGACGCCACCAGUAACCCCUGCUCUGGACCCUCCAUCCAGACCCGCAAGUGCAGCCUGGCCAAGUGUGACAGCCGUGUGCGACAGGAUGGUGGCUGGAGUUUGUGGUCCCCUUGGUCCUCGUGCUCCGUCACCUGCGGCGAGGGGCAGAUUACCCGCAUCCGCCACUGUAACGCUCCCGUGCCACAGCUGGGGGGCAAAGACUGCGAGGGCAGCGGCCGUGAGACGCAGCGCUGUGAAGCCAAGCCCUGCCCCAUUGAUGGUGGUUGGGGCCCAUGGUCUCCAUGGGCGGUCUGCUCGGCGACCUGCGGAGGGGGCAACAGGGGCCGCACUCGCGUGUGCAACAGCCCCCAGCCCCAGUAUGGAGGCAGGAGGUGUCAGGGCGAGUUUAGAGACAGUGAGGCCUGCAACAAACAAGACUGCCCCAUUGAUGGCUGUCUCUCCAACCCAUGCUUUGGCGGAGUGGACUGCAACAGUGGAACCGAUGGCUCCUGGGAGUGUGGACCAUGCCCCGUGGGUUUCCGUGGUAACGGAACUCACUGUACAGAUGUCAAUGAGUGUGACAUGGUGGCUGACGUCUGCUUCAGGGCGGGUGGGGCCCAGCGCUGCAUCAACACAAACCCAGGGUUCCACUGCUUGCCCUGUCCGCCCAGAUACAAGGGCACUCAACCCUUCGGCAUGGGAAUAGAGGCAGCCAAGAAUAACAAACAGGUAUGUGAACCAGAGAACCCCUGCCUGGACAGAACCCACAGCUGCCACAGGCACGCAGAGUGCAUCUACCUCAGCCACUUCAGCAACCCCAUGUACAAGUGCGAGUGUAAGAUUGGCUUUGCUGGCGACGGCAUCCUCUGCGGAGAAGACUCCGACCUGGACGGCUGGCCCAAUAAGAACCUUGUGUGUGGCGCUAACGCUACUUACCACUGCAAGAAGGACAACUGCCCCAACCUGCCAAACUCAGGACAGGAGGACUUUGACAAAGACGGACAGGGAGAUGCCUGUGACAAGGAUGAUGACAAUGAUGGAAUCCUGGAUGAGAGGGACAACUGCCCCCUCCUGUACAACCCCAGGCAGUUUGACAAUGACAAAGACGACGUGGGUGACCGCUGUGACAACUGCCCCUACGAACACAACCCCGCUCAGAUCGACACAGACCACAACGGGGAGGGCGACGCCUGUGCCGUGGACAUCGACGGAGAUGAGAUUCUGAACGAGCAGGAUAACUGCGCGUACGUCUACAACACCGACCAGAAGGACACCGACAUGGACGGAGUGGGAGACCAGUGUGACAACUGUCCCCUGUUGCACAACCCUGACCAGGCUGAUACAGAUAAUGAUCAGGUUGGAGAUUCGUGCGACAAUAACCAGGACAUAGAUGAGGACGGACAUCAGAACAACCUGGACAACUGUCCCUACGUAGCCAAUGCCAAUCAGGCCGACCACGACAAGGACGGCAAAGGAGAUGCCUGCGACUUCGAUGACGACAACGACGGCGUUCCUGAUGACAAGGACAACUGCAGACUGGUACCCAACAAAGACCAGCUGGAUUCUGACGGAGAUGGAAGAGGUGACGCAUGCAAAGACGACUUUGACAACGACAGCAUCCCCGACAUCUUUGACGUGUGCCCCGAGAAUGACGGCAUCAGUAUCACCGACUUUAGAAAGUUCCAGAUGGUGCAUUUGGAUCCUAAAGGAACCACGCAAAUCGAUCCCAACUGGGUGGUAAGACACCAGGGCAAGGAACUCGUGCAGACUGCCAAUUCUGACCCUGGUAUUGCAGUAGGCUUUGAUGAGUUCAAUGCCGUGGACUUCAGCGGGACGUUCUACGUCAACACGGACAGGGACGACGACUACGCAGGGUUUGUGUUCGGCUACCAGUCCAGCGGGCGCUUUUACGUGGUCAUGUGGAAGCAGAUCACGCAGACGUACUGGGAGGACAAGCCCUCCAAGGCUUUCGGGAUCUCAGGGGUCUCGCUAAAGGUGGUCAACUCCACCACAGGUACCGGUGAACACCUGAGGAACGCCCUAUGGCACACCGGGGACACAGGCGGACAGGUACGCACCCUGUGGCACGACCCAAAGAACAUCGGCUGGAAAGACUACACGGCCUACAGAUGGCAUCUCAUCCAUAGACCAAAGACUGGCUUCAUCAGGGUGGUGGUUUAUGAAGGUAAACAGAUCAUGGCCGAUUCAGGACCUACAUAUGACAAGACUUUUGCGGGUGGACGGUUAGGUCUGUUUGUCUUUUCCCAAGAGCUGGUCUUCUUCUCCGACCUCAAAUACGAGUGCCGAGAUAACCCAGACUUACCCUCAGUGUUCUUCAGAUAACUGAGUCAACGUGGAAGCUGCAAAGGCCCCAUAACCUUGUCACUGUCCACCAACCGUGCUGAACUUCAGCCUGUAUCUUCAGCGUCUGUAUCCAUGAGCAUUGAUAACAUCGUCAUGAUGAAUCUCUAACCAAGAGCUUGCGGUGUGCCCUGUUGAGCACCGAAGACAAAAAAAACAUGAGCUGACAAUUCCAUCAUAUUGAAAGAACCAUUUCUACAACCACUUUAGUGCUUUGUAUCACUUUGUUGUACACGUGCAAAACAGUGCAUACACAAGACCUCUGUGUAAAUGUUUGAGUUAUUGUUUUAUUUCUUGUAUCAUCUACUUUCUUUGCCAAGGGUAGGAAAGGUCCGAGCAUGAUGCCAUGACGAUGCUAUAUGAUGAUGCUAUGUUCGGUCAAAACGUUGUCCAUCCAAUAACGCAGAGCUGCUUAAGUUUAAAACCACAAAGAAAUCAACACGCCUGACUUCAGGAUUCAGCAAAGCCAAAUUGCAAAACUUGCACAAUUUUGAUAUUUGUUUUGAAUUGUCUCCAUGGUAUUUUUUUUGGCAUCCUCAAUGCAUUUUUGUCAGUUGAGGAACAGUUUUUUUCCACUUCAAUUUGACUUAGUUAUUUAAAGGUCUUAAUCAUUCCCGAUAUUUUAAGAGGAAUCUUUUCAUAGACUUUCAAGUGUUGUAGGCGCCUUUUGGGGGAAAGAUGUUUAUAUUUAGACUGUAUUAUAAUUUCUUUUGUAAAUUAUUUAUGUGACCUCUGCCAUUGAAUGGGGUUAUGUCUUGUUACUUGGUUUGCUUUUUUUUUUCCCUAGAGAUUGUAAAUAAUUAUUUAUUUGUUUACACUGACAAAUUUUCACUAUUGUCAUACAACAGAAAAAUACAGACCUAUUCCAUUGUUUCUGCAAACACAAAACCAGAAGGUGUCAAUGUUUAGUGUCAAGCAAUACAAGAGAACAGAGAAAUUGCUUAAUUAGAGACCAUAAAUUAGUCUAACAGACCGUGGAGGCAUUAAGUAUUUGGCCAGUUGCCAACAUUAGAAAUGAGAGUAAACAAGCACAGAAUAACUUGAAUAAUGUUACUUAAUGGCCUGGAGUACCAACCGUUAGUAGAUUGGUGGAAUAUGAUGCAUUGGAAACAUCGCUGGUGUCAUUGGCAUGUUUCAUCAAUGAAAGAAAUCAUAGAUUUAAAUAAUGAAUCAUUAACGAACUUUCCCUUUGUGCACCCUUGUUGUGUCCAGAGUGAAAUUUCAGCCAGAUGUUUAAAAAAAAAACUGCGUUUCACCCAGCAAUCAAAUGCAGUCGGGAAUUUUGGUUUACUUUUGUCAAGCGUAGAAUCUGAUAUGUAUUUUCUAUAAGUUGCUGGUUGUCUUGUUUUUGUAAUGAUUAGCAAGCAUAUUUUUUGUGGUAUUUUUGUAUAAUGCACAAAUAUAAAACAGUUUUUGAACUUGAUUGUUAGAUUCACUUUUCCCACCUAAAUGUGUGUGUAAAAAAAAGUAUGCAGUUCUCACAGCUGGAAGUAUUUUGUGUCAUAAAUAAAUCUUUCAUACACCA